AUGGACGAUGAUUGCAAUGGCGAAAGUGGCACUGAAAGUUGCGACGAUGCUGGCCCUUUCGUGACACUGACCUGGAGCCACCUAAAAAUCAACAAUUUCAAGAAGGAGAUCGCCAACUUCAAUUGGAAUUUUUCAGCAGCAGAUGCGCAGGACCAAUCAAGUUGGUUUUGUUAUAUGUGUGGAAACAAGAAUAUGUCGGUUGAUGAUAAAUGUGUCUGCUGUAAACAAGAAAGUGGAAAAGUAGAUUUUCAUGGCGAAAAUCGUGGGAACGUACUCGCAGACAAAAGCAAAACGAACAGCGAGAAAAUUAUCAAAAGUAGACCAGGUUACGCAAAUAGCGGCUGCAAAAAUGCCAUCAACAACAAAAACAACAAUCAAAUUAAUUUUGGCCCAAAUAACAUGAACAACAACAAAGUCGUCAACACAGGCACAACCGACAAUAAAAUCAACAACAACAACAACAGAAACAUUAGCAGCAACGAUGGCAGGAGCAUGCAACCAUUAUCACCAUCACCAAAACCAGAGCUUACGUCAUCAUCGACACAAACACAAUCAUUAAUCUUUCCUAUAAUUAGUUCACAAAGUAAUUCUUUCCAAGAUUCGUCAUCAGUAUUUCCGGAAAGUUCAUCACUAAAUUCAAAAGCAAUGUCAUCGUCAAAGAUGUUCUGUGAAUAUGAAAUUAUUUACAGAAAUGCAGAUGAUAACCCCUUCACUGACCCUGACCAGUUGCCAUAUUUCAAUCAACCACCAGAUCCCAACAACAAGGACCUUACCCCCACCUCCUAUUUUUCAUUCUUCAUCUAUGUCUCUAUUACAUGCCAACUAUCCAUGUUCAUCAGCACCUCCCAUUCCACCGAGAUGAAAAAGAAAAACUUUUAUUUGAAAGUUGGCUGCAAAUGUGCACUUGAUAACCCAUACGUGCCAACGGGACUGUCCCGCCCAAUUCGGGACGGAAAAUGUUCAACAGAAUGGAAGUUCGAUGACAUCCACAGGGAUGCUGACCUCCAUUUGGUCGCCUUCCUCCUCUAUCACCUCACCUUCAUUGGUCUCCAUAUAGAUGGCUACCAAAGUGUUGAAGCGGAAGAUUCUGUUUAUAAUGGCCAGAAAAAACUGCGAGUAGAUUAUAAAAAUAUGAAAGAAGAAAAUAUGUUACUUCUAACUUUCGAUAUGAAAGACACGGAAGAAGAAAUAAACAAUCUUGAUUCUUGGAUGAAUGAAGGGCUGAUGAAACUGGGAAAAGUAAAACAACGGAUACGAGUUUUUCCAGAUCCGUCACCACUUUAA